AACCAGCUAGCUGCGUAUAGACCCCCUUUCCGUACACUACUACUAGUCACGUAUAGGAGGUGUAGGUGACAUGCGUAGAUGAUUAAGACUAAACCAACACGUCACUGCUCAUGCGGGGGUUUAAAAACCGAUGUGCGAACGCGAUCGGCCGUCAGUGCUGUAACUCGGCAUGGUGAGGGUGGACCGUGUGAACACAAGACAGUAUAUACGCGCUGUAAAUAGUGAGUUUGCGUGACAACUAGUCUGUGGCCUUCAUAUAGUCGCUUGGGAUAAAACCACUUCUCCAGAAAUACUACACUACUAGCAGCUUACCGUAGAGAACAAAGGCGGGGAAAAUCGCGCCAAUACAAAAGUCUUGCAACAUUUUCUGCAGUUACAGGCUCGACUGAUCAUUCCUAGGUUUCAGCGAGAGAGGUUAUUCACCGUAUCAUCCUUAUCUCCGAAUCUAACAUGGCGCCCAUCCUCACCGCCUUCGCAAUCAUGCAGUACUUUAUUUGCAUUCUCGUUGUUUGCAGGAUAACCACAGUCAUCGGCAUUCCAGCUUCAAUAAAACCCAUGGAUCCUACAGUGACUGCUGGUUCUGAUAUUACACUGCGAUGCGUGCUCAACACAUCGGCCACUGCACAGACCGCUAAAGAUAUCGUCUGGUACUUCAAAUCAUACAGGCACACGAUUCCACGGGAAAGGUAUGAGGUAAUUGAUAAUAUAUCAAGGCUUAGACUGCGCAAUCUUACAUUCGCCGAUUCUGGAACCUACUUCUGCGCAUUCGAGAGCGACGGUUUCAAUCUAAUGCAGUUCCAAGGCACCAUGCUAUAUGUUGGAGUGGCUCCCUCACCACCCAUGGGCCUCCGAUGUCAUAGUACCAACCUGUUGGACUUUUGGUGUGAAUGGAAAGAUGGAGUCAUGAACAACAUUAAGACACACUACAAGUUCAGCUACCGCCCAGCAUAUGGUCGCAACGAUUGGCGAGACUGCCCGAAGCUGGACGGACGAGGGAGCCAGACUUGCAUGGUGCCCCGUAAUCAGAACAACGGUUUCUCGCAACUGGUUCGCGUCACAGCCUCCAACCUGCUGGGGUCCUCCACUUCGGAAAUACGCUUUAACCCAGAAACAUCAACUAUUCCCAACCCUCCGACCAACGUGCAGAUUGAGACGCUAGGCCCAGAGGAACUACGCAUCUCUUGGGCUCUACCCAAGGAGUGGGAUGAUCAGAUGUUUGCGUCUUUCUUGGAAUACCGUCUGGAGAUUUCUACAGACACUGGCUCUAUGUCACGUAUGAUUCCUGAUCUGAAUCAUGGAGAAAGCUAUCUUCAGACUCGUCGAUACACAGUGAACAAUCUCACCCCACACACGACAUACAGAGUGUGGGUAUCAUGCCGGACUCUGGUGAGCUACGGUGACGAGCAGUGGAGUGACUGGUCCGUUGUCGUCAGCGGACUGACGGCAGAAGCAGCUCCGAAUGCAGCAGUACAAGACAUCCAAGGCCAAGAGUAUGAUAAUACAGUCGACCCCGCGUACAGACGAGACGUAUUUCUGCAAUGGAGGGAUCUUCCAGAGGAGAAUCGACGGGGAGUAAUAAAUGGAUAUGACGUAUCACUCCGGCUGGAGCAACUAGACGGCUCCUCUGACGUAGUUAGAUCGGUUCGAGCGAACGGCACCAUGGUUUUAUUGCAAGACUUUGAUAAAUUCCGAGGUUACUAUGUGGACAUUGCUGCUUGUAACAGUGCAGGAUGCGGCCCCAUUGCAAGUUACUUCCUGGCAGAUAAAACUUCAGAGCCAGGCGCACCAGAGAAUGUACGUGUCCAAAAUGCAUCUGAUACGUCAGUCAUGAUCACGUGGCAACAGCCAACAAGGCCGAAUGGUUUUAUUGAAGGAUAUUACGUAGAUUGGAGCAAGGGAUUGUCCGAAGAUGCAAACAGUUUCGCAGAAGUGAACGGUUCCGAGACGUCUUACACCAUACAAGGAGUAGAACCCAACAAAUUGUACCAGUUCAGAGUGAAAGCACGGAACUCUCGGGGCUACAGUGGUUGGUCGAACGCCCCAAUCCAGCACACAGGCACCGGGUCCCGAAUGGAGCUACUGCGCACCCUGAUCAAAGUGCUUCACACCCUGCUGGUCGACAUGCAAGAACCGGGUGAUGACGGCAAUGGUAACCAAGUCACGCUCGAGACCAUCUCGACCUUUUUGUGAGAGUCAAUCUCGACCUAAUUGAGAGAGCCCAUCUCGACCUUUUUGUGAGCGCCCAUCUCGACCAUUGUGAGAGCCCAUCUCGACCCGUUGUGAGAGACCAUCUUGACAUUUUUGUGAGAGCCAUUAAUCUCGACCUCUUUUUUGAGAGCCCAUCUUGACUUUUUUUGCGAGUGCCCUUUAGAGGUGGCUGUGGAUGUAGAUACGUUAUGAGAUGAUUCUAUUGACCCUACACCUUGAAAUGUUGUGGUGACGUCACUUGUUUCUAACUAUUAUUAACGAAAGCGACACUCAAAGAGAGACGUGUACCAUCUGUUCACAAACGUUUAUAGCAAGAUGGUUUGCAAGGGCGAGACCUCAGAUGAGUUAAUCUUGUCGAGUCUGAUGCUCUAUUGUUGACAAUCAAUAAAAUCUUGCUUCACAUUGUAAACAAAAUAUAAACUUACGGUGAAAUCCAUGAGCAGACGAGUUCUGCUGGGGGUCAACGUGUUUUUGCAAUUUCGGUUUUAGAACUUUUCAGUUCCCAUGUAGAAAGAUCAUUGUGUUGCAUUGUCUCACACUGACCACAUUAUUUUUAUUUUGGGCGUUUUAACACAAAGUGGUGAUGAUGUCCUAAAUGUGUAAACUUGAUGUAAAAGCACCGAAGAAAACUUCUCCUGACUAAUCCAAGUGAUAUUUAUUUUAUUUCAGCAGUGAAGAUGUCAACACAUCCUUCUGUGAUGUUUCAAUAGACACUUAAUUGACCAUUGGUUUUGUUUUGUUUUGUGAGUGAAUUUUGCACACAUUCUUGCGUGGACUUAUUAUACUUUUGCACAUUCAAGUACGAACGAGUUUUGAUUGGCAAAUUCUUUGCAUGCGGUAUUGCAGUAUUUCAGCUAGAGGUAUCUCUCAGGAAUAUUGGUACACUAGUAACAAUGAACACAAUGAAUGGCUUCUAGAUAAAUCUGUCCUUGUUCAUUACAAUUAGAAUCAUGGUACGUGAGUUUCAUAAAAAGCAAAACAGGCUAAUGAACGAUUCUUUUUAGUGUGACAUGAAUAAUAUAUUCUUGCAUUAUACUUUGCUCAACUUUAUCGAGUAAAAUAUCAGUUAAUAUUUUUGAUAUACAUGUUUUAUUAAUUUGUAACCUGUUCAAUAUGGUAAUCAAUCAGUAAUCUACGACGGUAAUCACUUUAUUUUUAAAUAUUGUACAGUUAUACUCUUAAAUAAUAAUUAUAGGGAAGAAAGUCUUUCAUGCGUUGCGACAAUAAAUUCUAAAAUAUUUUUUGAAGAUUUAUUAUUGUGUAUAGAUACUGAACAAUUACCAUUUCCUAUUUUUGUUGUAUUUAAAGUUAAAUAUCUAUUUUCGGCUUGUUUGGUUAGGAUUUGUAUGAAUUUUAAGCAUACCUCAAUUUGAAUUCCUGGUGAUAAUAAAUCCGAAAAUUC